AUGGCAAAAGGGUUCUUCAUCAGCAAGACGGUCGGGUUAGCGGGCAUCGUCCUGUGCACUGGGGCCGUGGCCACCAUCAUCGGCCUGUCCGUAGUCUACAGCCAGGAGAAGUCUAAGAACGUCGAGGUGAAACCCACCACUGUCCCCACCACCUCCACCGCCACCACGGAGGCACCUGUCACCACCCCAGCCCUCAACGAACCAUGGCACCAGUACCGGCUGCCGGACUCCAUACUGCCGGACAGCUACGAGGUCACCCUGUGGCCACGGCUGACUAAGAACGCAGAAGGCCUGUUCAUCUUCACCGGCGACUCUAGCGUCAUCUUCCGCUGCUUGAAUGAGACCGACCUCAUCCUCAUCCACUCCAACAAGCUCAACUACACACUGAGCGCCGGCAAGAUGGCCACACUGACUGCGGAGGACGGGUCAACGCCCCCGUCCAUCACAGAGACCUGGCUGGAGGUGCGGACUCAGUACCUGGUGGUCAGGCUGAACGGGAAUCUGAAGGUCGGCCAGCGCUACGUGCUGCAUACUGUAUUCACAGGGGAACUGGCAGAUGACCUGGGCGGAUUCUACAGGAGCGUUUACAUGGAGGACGGUGUGGAGAAGGUGGUAGCCACCACUCAGAUGCAGCCCACGGACGCAAGGAAAGCCUUCCCCUGCUUUGAUGAGCCGGCCAUGAAGGCCGUCUUCAACAUCACCCUCAUCCACCCACAGGGCACGCGGGCCUUGUCCAACAGCAUGGACAUUGAGUCCACAAACACAACUAUAGAUGGUGAGGAUGUUACCAGGACUAAAUUUGCACCAACACCAAAAAUGUCAACUUACCUGCUGGCAUUCAUUGUCAGUGACUUUGGUUUUGUGCACGCGGAGGAAGGAGACGUUUUGAUCCGUAUCUUUGCGCGCAGAAAGGCCAUCGACGCAAAACAGGGAGAGUAUGCCCUUAACAAGACUGGACCCAUCCUGAAAUUCUUCGAGACGUAUUACAAUGUCUCCUACCCACUGUCAAAGUCAGACCAGAUUGCCCUGCCCGACUUUAAUGCUGGAGCCAUGGAGAACUGGGGCCUGAUCACCUACAGGGAGACAGCCCUGCUCUACGACCCCUUGGUGUCUUCCAACGGCAACAAGGAGAGGAUUGCCGCGAUCAUAGCGCAUGAGCUUGCUCACAUGUGGUUUGGAAACCUUGUGACGCUGAAGUGGUGGAAUGACCUCUGGUUAAAUGAAGGCUUUGCAUCGUACGUGGAGUAUCUGGGCGCUGACCAUGCAGAGCCAGACUGGGGCGUUAAAGACAUGAUUGUGCUGAGCGACGUGCACAGAGUGUUUGCAGUGGACGCCCUGGCCUCCUCUCAUCCCUUGUCCUCCAAAGAGGAGGAUAUCCAAAGACCUGAACAGAUCAGUGAGCUCUUUGAUGCCAUCUCCUACAGCAAGGGGGCUUCUGUUCUAAGAAUGCUAUCCGACUUCCUCUCUGAACAUGUCUUUGUAAUGGGACUGAAUACGUACCUGAACCAGUUUGCUUACAGUAAUACUAUCUACUCUGACCUGUGGGACCACCUGGAAGCAGCAGUUAAGAAGACUGGAACCAGCGAGCGCUUGCCAGCCACAGUCCAUGAAAUCAUGAACCGCUGGGUCCUCCAGAUGGGCUUCCCUGUGGUCUCCAUAGAUACCGCCACUGGAACAGUAUCCCAGGAACACUUCCUGCUGGACCCCGACUCUGUUGUGGAAAGGCCAUCUGAGUUCAAUUAUACAUGGUAUGUGCCCAUCACAUGGCAGAUGACCUCUGUGAAAGGUGAUGACUUUUGGCUGCUGAAAAAAACAGAUUUGAAUGAUGACCUCAAGACAACCAGCGCCGAUCAGUGGGUGCUGGCCAACCUCAACGUGUCAGGAUACUACAGAGUCAAAUACGAUCACACAAAUUAUGCGAGGCUUCUCAAUCAACUCACAAUGGAUCAUGAGCUUAUUCCAGUGAUCAAUAGAGCCCAACUUAUCGAUGAUGCCUUUAAUCUAGCAAGAGCGAAACUUGUGACAACAGAACUGGCUCUGGACAUGACCGAGUACUUGCACAAAGAGAGGGAGUACAUGCCAUGGGAGUCUGCUCUGGACAACCUGGACUACUUCUACCUGAUGUUCGACCGCACUGAGGUCUACGGCCUCCUGCAGACGUAUAUCAUGAAGCAAGUGACACCCCUCUUUGACCACUACGCGAACAUCACAGACAACUGGGUGAAAGUACCAGAUGGGCACACUGAUCAGUACAACCAGGUGAAUGCACUAAGUAAGGCCUGUAGCACAGGAAUGAAAAAUUGCACUGACUUGGUCACUGAAUGGUACGGGAGCUGGAUGAACAACCCACAGAAUAACCCGAUUCAUCCCAACCUACGGUCUACAGUCUACUGCAGUGCCAUUGCCGCAGGUGGAGCGAAAGAAUGGGACCAUGGCUGGAAGAUGUUUGACGAGUCAACCAUCGCCAUCGAGAAGGACAAACUCAGGGCCGCUCUGGCCUGUGCUUCACAGCCUUGGCUCCUGAACAGGUACCUGGAGUAUACCUUGGAUUCAACUUUGAUUCGUAAACAAGAUGCUACCUCUACUAUUGUCUACAUUGCAAAUAAUGUGGUGGGGCAACCUCUAGCUUGGGACUUUAUGAGAGCAAACUGGGAGUACAUUUUCAAUGAGUAUGGAGGUGGAUCAUUUUCCUUCUCAAAUCUGAUCAAUGGUGUGACCAAGAGAUUUUCAACAAAAUUUGAACUGGAACAGCUUCAGCAGUUCAAACAGGACUACGCCCAUGUGGGCUUCGGAUCAGGUACUGUGGCUUUGGAGCAGUCAAUCGAGAGAACACAAGGCAACAUCAAAUGGGUGGAAGAAAACAGACAAAUAGUGCAAACUUGGCUAAAACAAUUUUCACCGUAAUUUAAACGGGGCUUUAUUUUUUUAAAUUUUUUUUAAAGAUUAAGAUGUCUUCUAUCAAUCUAUUUAUUAUUUCAGAGUCCUUUUCUGCCAAAUGCCAAUCGCUGUGUCAGCUGUGACUCCUUUCAGUAGCCCAUUCCGAUGCUUGCGAUGUCACAUAAUGUUUUUGAUGGGAGUAAAGGUUAAAGGAAAGACUAAUGUAAUGUGUACUGUGUAGAGUCAUUUGAGGAGCCACAACAGCUGAGGCUCAAUGAACAUGCACUCUCAAUAAAACAUCAACA